UAGAUCUAUUUGUUUUUAGGAUGCAUUAAUUUUUUUGAUUUACUUUUAGUUUUAUAGAAAACUGGAUAUAUAUAGGCUAUAGUAUAGGUAAGCAUCACAGGUAUUGCUAUAUAAUCUUAUCUAUGCUUAUCUCAAAAUAUUACAGAGUGAUAUAGAAUAAAGGUUUCACUCAUCCGGAUAAUCAGAAAAUAUCUCAUAUCCAACUAAUUUGGUUUAUUCUCAUAAUUUAAAAUCUUCUUUAAAUAUGAUUGACUAUUUUGUGUUAAUAAAGUGAGAAGUUUCAGAAGAAUGGUAGAAAGUAAUAGUGAGAAGAUUGUAAGAUCUGGUGUCUUUAAGUUAAAGUGAGAAAUAAUCGAUUGUAGACUGCAUACGUCGUAUGCAACUACGCAUGAGUAUGAUUUAAGAACGUCAAAACGCAAAGAUCAAAUAUUUGAGCUUCAAUCUUUCGACGACCUUUCCCGCCGCGGAGAAAAACCAGUAGGGACGAAGAUUUACGCAUACGUAGCUUAUUUCAACAAGAAAUACAUGAGAUAUAUGCAUGCAAGUACUCAUAUAUAUACGUGCUUUACCGAUUCGAUGAUACAGCCGACGAAAUGGUAUCUGAUUAGUUUACGUUCCGAUAUUUUUAAUCCUUUACGCAGUCUUGCAGUCUACGCUUCUAUUUGCUAUUUUUCAAGAUUAUUUAUUAUCGGUCGAACGGAAAUAUCUUUGUGUGCGCGAAUAUGUAUUAGAAAGAUUAUACGUGGGUUUCUCAUCUUCGAAAGGACACGUUAAACAAGUCGAAUAAAACGUGAUUUUUUCGAUAUGCCAAAAACUAAUGAAUAAUGUAUGAUUUUGGAUAUUAUCUAUCGUAGAAGUAAAAAGUCAUAAUUGAAAACUGACUUACAAUAAUGAAGACCUCGCAAGCAGAAACUCUUCUCGCGAUAUUGUACAAUGCAUCGAUGAUUUUUUCGAUUGUGUCUUUAACAUCUCUCGCGAUCAUUUGGCAGCAUUGGGAAAUGACGUUAAAUGUUUGCAUUAGCGUUAAUUGCGGUUGUAUAUUAUAUGGUAUUAAUACAUUUAGCACGUUUAUGGGUGGCGAUAUAAAAUUAUGCCAUUUUGGUGUCUACGGACUCGUUCCUACUGUUGUAAUCGGCUUGUGCCUUGGUGUAUAUCAUAUUUACAGAUGCUGCAUUAAUCGUGGUCUUGAUGAACCCAGGACAAUAAAUUAUAGUAAUAACAGAACUACUAUCAAUGGGCAAGUUGUCGUAAUUGGCCCUAAAAGGAGAGCUCCAUUUAAACAAUGGAUGUCGUCAGCAUUUUGCGCUGCUCUGAUUGGUUGUCUAUCGCUUGCACACGCAGUUGUUAUGACGGACGGAUUUUAUAAAACUUGUGAACAAUAUAAAAGAGGUCUGGUUCAACUUUUGGGUUCCAGAGGACGUGAAGCUCAUGUAAUUCGAUAUAGACUCGCUUGUGCUGCAAUUUUUGACUACAUGGAUUAUCUUCAACCGGAUGUUAAUAAUUUUAGGCGGGGAGAGGAGCUAAAUACAGGUUUUGCAUUACAACUCGCAAUCGUUUGUACAUGGCUUAAUUUUGUUACAUGGGUCAUUAUAUGUCUUCUCUGUUUUACCAUGGCUAAAAAAAAACUCAAUACUUUAGGAGAACACUUUUGUUGUUGCUGAAUUAAUUUUCUUAUUCAAGUAUCAUCUUUUAAUAUCAAUUUACAAAAUCAAUUUGAUUUGCGAUAAAUAAAUAAUUCGCUUUGCUAGUC